AUGAAGGACAUGAUGGCCAUGUUGUCCAAGAGGUCCUCGCGCAUCCGCUUGAGUGGAGACCUGAAGAAGAUGCUCUUCCACCGCUUCAGGAGGGGCUCCAUCGUGAUAUGUGCGAUUGGACUUGUGGGAAUGGCGAGCAUUGUGGUGCAGCAUUACGGGAUCAUUCCGCUCAUCAAGACCAUAGAUUCAAAGAAAGGAAUGCUCUCCCUGAAAGAAAACGCAUCGGCUCAAAAUGCAGCCAACGCUCUGAAAAACCAUACGUGUGCGGGGUUUGCCCUUAAGCGUGACACGGAUAUAGCAGGAGGCGAUCUGACGAACACGAAAACUGAGAGCAUGGAGGAGUGCUGUUCCAUCUGUUCCAAUCAUACAAGCUGCACGGCAUGGUCAUUCGUUCAUUCGGAUUCCCAAUGCUGGGUCAAGUCAUCAGUGUUCACACCCUCGUCCAAGGUGAACGUGACAUCGGGGUUGAAGACGCAGUCCUCUGGUAUUGGCGGCCCUGAAGACUUCGACAGUGAGAUUCAUCGCCUCAAGGAAGAGAGCAAGGAAGCGAACGCGGUGGACUGUUGCAAAGAUCUGUUUCGUUAUGGAUCCCCGACGGCAACGGGAGACAAUGAAAGGCCCAUCCUUUGGAUGGACACUCCUUCGGGAGAUUUCUCAUCAGCAUUCCCGAUCGGAAAUGGAAGGCUGGGUGCCUUGCUGCACUUUGACCCCUGGAAGGAUCGCAUGGAGCUGAGUUUUGAUGCUGUUUGGACUGGAAGCCCUUACCACGGAGAGGGUUGCCCAGACAACCUAAAGAUGAAACCUAGCGAACUUGUGCCUCAGGCGACACCAACCAUGAAAUGGACAGGACCUCACCAGGACAAGUUCAUCCCAGGGCAGGUGUCCAACCAGAAGUACACGAGCCUUGACGAAGCCAAGAAAGCUUGCAUAGAGAUGGCAACUUGCGGUGGCUUGACUUCAGAGGGAGCAGCAGGCACCUCGUGGUUCCUGCGCGGGCCUGGGAGUCAGCUGAAUGACUCUCCUAGCAAGGAGAUCUCAUGGCUGCUUGAAGGGAGGACCGUGAAAAAAGAAGACGAUUUUUUUACAUUUCAAAACGCCAGAAAGACCGCUUUUCAAGGGAACUUUGGGGAAACAGAAAAACUGAUGGAUCGACUGACGGCAGGAGCGAAACUAAGCUCGUACGAAUACCUCGCGCAGCUGGACAUGGAUUUUCGGCGCCUUCCAUUCUCGGACCUCAAGGCUUACAGUCGUAGGCUGCAGCUAGAUAAUGCCGUGGCUACAUCGAGCUUCGAGAUUGAGCGCAAGCCUUCUGCGAGCGAUAACAACGAAUCCACUGCAAGAGACUCUCAUUCCAUUCAGAGCAAGCAUUCAAGGACUGCGUUUGCCAGUAAGCCAGACGAAGUCCUCUGGGUUCGACAAGAAUGCGUGGAGAAACAGCAGGGAUGCAUGGCAGUUGACUACAUGCUCACCCGGACCAAUCAAAAUCUCUUCAAUGCCUCUCUUCAUUCGUUGGUUAUUGACAAUAAGGACGAGGAAUACGGCUUUCUCAAGCUUCACCCUUUGGACUUGUACGCUAACGGGUACGGAAAUGUUGGUUAUUUCGCCUGUGCAGCGAUUUUGCCCGAGAAGAAUCAAGCUGGAUUCAUGAAGGCUCUCCCAAACAGAAUAAGUGUGGAAGGCUAUCAAAGGGUGGACGUUGUGAUUGCAGCAGAGACUCGCUAUUCGAGAGAUGGGGAUGCUACCCUUGUUGACCCUCAGACGCUGGAGGGCUCCUGCAGGGCCAAGCUCACUCGUGCUCUUUCCAAGGGAUUCUCGAAAGUUCUAGAGUCCCACAAAGAAGACUAUUCCAAGCUCUUUGGCAGGACUCAGCUGAAUCUCGCGACGGCCAUGAACGGAAGUAUUUCCUCGAGAAGUUGCGAUGGGAGCUUGACUACUCCUGAGCGAGUGGCUCGUUACGACAGAUACUGCAAGAAACCCUCCAACUCUCGCAGUACGAAGAAAGAGAGGGUCAGAAUGGUCGACACAGGUCUGCAACAACUCUUCUUCGACUUCGGCAAAUAUCUCCUCAUCUCCUCGUCGCGCGAAGGGGGCCAACCUGCCAACCUAGUGGGGAUAUGGGCGGAGGGAGAGAGAUCGCCUUGGAACGGCGACUAUCACUUGAACAUCAACAUGCAAAUGAUGUACUGGGCUGCCGACAUCCUAAACCUCCCCGAGACUGUGGAGCCCCUCUUCCCCUUCAUGGCCAAACUUGCUCAGAACGGAAAGAUCGCGGCGGAGUGCAUGUACGGCUCCCCUGGCUGGGUGGCGCACGGCUUCACAGACAUCUGGAUGAACGCUCGGCCACUCGGAGCGCCCGAGUGGUCGAUGUGCCCUGUGUGCGGCGCAUGGAUGGCAUUACACCUGUACGACUCGUAUCGGUUCAACAGGGACAAGUCGCAACUGGUCGAGCAGACGCUCCCAUUGCUCUCAGGAGCUGUGGAGUUCUUCCUGCAGUACCUGAUCCCUGCUCCCGACGACAGCUGUCUGCUCAGUGGUCCUUCUCACUCCCCAGAGAACAGCUUCAAGAUCGACGCGAGUUUCUACCAAAUCACCAUGUCGCCCGCAAUUGACACUGCUGUGAUCUUCGAGCUCUUCUCGGCAUACCUGGACGGCUGCCUGUCGUUGGGAUGCCAUGAAGCCUCUCAGGACGACUGUCAAAGAGCGAAGUGCCACUUAAUGAGCAAGGCAAACAUGACCAGGUCGAGGCUGCCCAACAAGGGCUUCCCCACCGUCGAUGCCGAGGGGGUUCUACAAGAGUACUACCGCUGGUCCAAGAUGCGGUCUCAUUCCGUUGCAGACCAGGGCCACAGGCACUUCUCUCCUCUCUUCAGUUUGUUCCCGGGCGAGCAGAUCAACCGGCAUGAGUCGCCGGAGCUGACGGCUGCUGCAAGGAAACUCCUCGAUGUCAAGAUGUCUAGCGGCAGUGGACACACUGGGUGGUCGUCCGCCUGGGCAGGGUCCCUUCACGCCAGGCUCGGGGAUGGGAAUGGGGUACAGAAGAUGGUGGAUCGCAUGCUCGGUCGGUUUGUGAUGGGCAACUUGCUGUCGACUCAUCCUCCCCUGACGUCGAGCGUGGCCAACUGCAAGACAUGCUUCAAGGAGGCUACCAUGCCCAUCAACGAGAUCUACUGGGGGAUGACGGGGGGGACGGCAAGGAACUUCAUUGCCCGAGACGAAUCGAAGUUUCAGCUGGACGGCAACCUGGGGUAUCUGUCCCUGGUGGCAGAGUCGCUGAUCCAGAGCAGGGAUCGAAGAUGCUACUGCAGCCCCAAGGCGGCAAGCAGUUCGGCGAACGUGACGUCAGCAGGGGCGCGCCGGGUGCGCAGGCUGCGGAACCUCCUCAAUGACCGCAGGCGGCAUCGCACCCGCGCCCUCCUGAAUGCGUCCGCGCAAGAUGGAGGCAACAGCUCCGACCUUCCGAGCUCAGUCAACGUCUCAACUGGUCUCCCGAUCGUGAGCCCUCCGAGUGAUGUCCCUGUGAUCAAUGCCCCCUUCAGCCUUAACUCGACAGCCGAAUCGCCGUCGGCGGACAAGACGGCGAAGCAGGCUGGGCUGCACAGCGGCCUCCUCCCCAUGUUGCUCCUGCCUCCCUGGUCCUUCACCAAGGAGCAGUCCAAGGACCAGUCACAAGUGGAGCAGCCGAGCUGCAGGUGCUCCCAUCCCUCGGAGAGCGUCUGCGAGAUCGACUUGCUCCCAGCAGUUCCGUCGGACUGGAGCGACGGGUCGGUCAGGGGGCUCCGCACCCGCUGCGGCAUCUCGGUGGACAUGGAAUGGAAGCACUACAAGCUGGUCAGCGCCACUAUCCGCCGCUACGACAAGUCCUCCUCCCCUGUCAAGAUCCGAUCACGCAACGGACAGCUCGUCCAAGAUACGCACAAAGGAUCUUCUCUAGCCAAGGCAUUCUCCUGGGGUUGGCGUCAGAAGUCCAACAUCCGCAUCGUCGGCGACGAACAGGACCCGACCGUCACGACCAUCCUGGACCUGGGGCAGGAGGCAGGGGACUUGACCCUGAUCCCCUCGUUCAAGGCCUCGUAG